AUGGCUGAGCUUGUCCAACUGAGCGGUGCCCUACUCGCUGGCGGCUACAACUUCCUAUCCAAGGUCGCGCGAGCGCCCAGCGAGGCUCGGAGUCUCCUGACGGAAACCGCGGCCGUCAACAGCCUUCUCGCGCAAUUACAGCAAAUCGCAGAUACAUCGCCUAAAGCAGCUGCUGACGAUGCACUACAGGCUCUUGAACGGGUCGGUGUCUUUGAAGAAUGUCGGUCAACGCUCAAGUCGAUCGAGCGGGCGCUGGCAAAAUGCGAGCAGGUCAAUGGUCAAGAUGCUAAGAAUUUGGGCAGGAAAUUGAUGUGGCCGUUCAAAGAGAAAGAGACCAAAGACGCCUUGCAGAGACUUCAUCACAUGCGCGGACUACUUGUGAAUGCUAUUGAGGCCAACUCUGCAUCGGCAAUUCGGCGCAUCGAAGUAGGGCAAGGCCUCAUAUCAGACGAGAUGAAGAAUAUGUCUGAGCAGCUCCGUGCGCAGAUGAGUCGUGAGGAGACACAGAAGGUAAUAUCGUGGGUCUGUCCAACGCCGUCCGAUGGUGCGCAUGCCAGUCUUGCAAGCGCUAUGAGUCGCCAUAUUCCUGGUACCGGAGAAUGGCUCUUGCAAUCCAAAGAGUUUCAAGAUUGGAAAGACUCAGAUGAUGGCACCAUGUGGAUCACUGGUCUUCCUGGAGCAGGCAAAACGCUCCUCUGCGCAUCUAUCAUUCGACACAUUCAACGGCUUUGUACGGAUACCGCCGCAGUCGUAUACUUCUUCUGCGAUCAUCGCGAUCGCGCGAAACUGACACACGAGAAUUUCGCUUCAAGUGUUGCGAGACAAAUGAUGGAAGCUUCACCUUUGUGUCUCGAACAAGGCAGAUUGCUCUUCAACGAGAAAUCUAAGGAAGGCAGUCGCCCUUUCCAAAGCGACGAUUACUUUCCACUGAUCUGCUCAUCUGUGGAACAUCUAAAGAAUGUUUUUAUCAUUCUGGACGCGCUCGAUGAGUCCACUGAGGGUGAUAGCAUAGCCCGAAGUCUUGCGAGAAUUCACGAAUUCCAGAAAAGCGCAGGGUGCCGUAUCAGGAUUCUUUUGACGAGCCGAUUCGAUGCUCUUGUUCAAGGACGAUAUCCCAACCUUGCCACGACACAUAUCGUUCUUGCAGAGAACAUGCGUCCCGACAUCCAGUAUUACGUUACGGAAGAACUUCAAGCGCGCGUCGCAAAAGGUGUGCUCAAAGUCAAGAACAAAGACAUCUUGUCCUCGAUGCGACAACAGAUCGUCCUCUGUGCGGGCACGAUGCUACAGGCAUGUCUGAAGAUCGACUAUAUUUGUACGGCGAAGUCAGAUAAGGAGAUCAAAAUCAUCUUGCAAAAUCUACCGAGUGGGCUCAGACACACGUACGAAGCACUUUUGUGCGACAUUGCGACGCGGUACCCAACAAGGAUUGAAGAGGUACAAAAGUUGUUCCGGUGCCUUGUUGCUGCUGCGACACCAUUGACCGCUCCCGAGCUAGCGGAGAUCUUGGCCAUGCAACCCGGUGAGCGCGACUUAGACCAUGAUGCCGUGGUCACAGAUCCUUACGACGCUUUGGAACCUAUCUCCACACUCAUACGGAUCGAAAGUUCCGAAGAUCAGCGCAGUGUGAUAAGACUAUGCCAUUUUACCCUAGAGCAAUAUCUUACCUCUACUACUAUCCAAGAAAGUCCAGCUAGUCUAUUCUAUGUGUCUGAUAGCGAGGCAGAAGCAUGGAUGGCCGAUGUAUGCCUUCAGCACCUCACCAUGGAUACCUUCAAUGCGCCACUAGAGUAUGGCCUAGAUCUGGAUCUUGAUCAAGAUUAUGCAUUUCGCACGUACGCUGCACUCAACUGGUUCAAUCAUGCAAGCGUUUCAGUAUGUCGCUUACAUCUAUAUGAUCCGUCCCAUCCUGCUCUUGGCAGGUUCCUGGACGCCGAGGAGGUACCACCUUGCUACAAGAGAUGGCAGAGUCUGAUUGCGAAGAUCUUGCCCAAUGCCGAAUUCCUCGACUAUUCGCCAACAUGUAUGUGCAUCUGGGCCGAGUUGCACGUUACUGCAAGGGAGCUGUGCCAACGGCUACCAAACAUGGACUACCAUUUCGAAAAUGGCCUCACCUGUCUUACAGUUGCCGCAAAGGAAUACGACCAGUAUCUGGUCACAUAUCUGUUAGAGCAUGGCGCGAAGGUGGACGAGCCAACUCGCGAAUUGGGACAGUUCAAAGCGUUGACUCCAUUGCAUUUCGCCGCCGAGUGGUGUGCGGAAGGGGUAGUGGAUCUUCUACUAAACCAUGGUGCUGAUCCACACAGACCUUCGGUAUCAGGCGCCACCCCGUUCUAUCUAGCCUGUCGUGGCGGAGACCUAGACAUAGUGAAUCGACUCAAAAAGUGCGGAUGCGACAUCAACGCGCGGACUUGGAGUAAUCGGACGCCGAUCUUCGAGGCAAUCGAGCACGAUCACGAAGACGUACUUGAUCUCUUAUUGGAGUGGCAUGUUGAUCUGUCGGUCGUCACGUACGGAGGCUGGACAAUACUGUCUUUCGCUGAAGCGCUCAAGAGAGAAUCUAUGCUGGAGAAACUGGAACACGCUGUAGCUGACUCCCGGGUUACCCUCCCUUAA